AUGGCAGCCCUCCAAACCCAGCUGCCGGUACGAGCAUCUGCUGUCCUCUUGACUCUUGCGAAAACCGGCGACAUUGUUCAGCUUCUAGCCUUAGCGACGGUUAUUCUGGCGUUCUCGGCGUUGGUUAGCUUGGCUUUCUACUCAACAUCGUAUGGACUUUUAGACAACAGCACUUACUGUGCCCUUGUUUUGAACGAUGCAAUCAAGCCUAAGAGAUCUUGUUGCGAGUGCCCAGGUAGCCGGAAACGAUUCGUCUUUUUGUCUUUGGUCGCCUCACAGCUACAAGCCAUUGGUGGCUCUUGA